CAGACCAAAUAAGCUCAUUUUCUCUUGAAAAUUUCCAGCUUGAAAAUGUCAGCGUAGCAAAUAUGACAACUGCAUGGACUUACUAUCUUGCAAACUCAAUCUCUCAGUCAUAUACAAAUAUCUUUGGGUACAAAGAUUAUAAGGAAGUAACAGAAGACAUAUUCUGUUGCUCAGUCACUGAACUACUUUCUUUGAGUGGGACAGAUGGCAACAAUUCUAGCUCAAUGACCAGAAAUAUAAAUGUAGAGGCACAAAGUGGAGACUGGAGAACAGCAAAAGUUAAAAAUAAUAAGACUUUUUAUCUGGAUUUUAUGGGAUUUGAUGAAGAAAAUCCACUUCUACAUGAAACUGCAUUUUCAGAAAACAGUUUAAUUAACCAAGAAUGUAUCUUGUGGACUAAAGGUGAAAUCCUUGGAAAAGGAGCAUAUGGCACCGUAUACUGUGGACUUACAAGCCAAGGACAAUUAAUAGCUGUGAAACAAGUAGCACUGAAUGCAUGUGACCAAGCUGGGAAUAAAAAGGAAUACCAGAAACUGCAAGAAGAAGUUGAGAUUUUGAAAAACCUAACACACGUCAACAUUGUGGGGUACUUGGGAACGAGUUUAGAAGAUAACAUAGUAAGCAUCUUCAUGGAGUUUGUUCCUGGUGGUUCCAUUUCCAGUAUUAUUCAUCGCUUUGGGCAUGACAGUCUUUACCACAAAACAUUUAUAUGUUUUGUCUAACAUGUUCCUCAACGUAUAAAUGUACUUUUGACGCACCACGUGUCUCUGUAAUUUCCUUUGUUACAAUACGAAUACGGAUUACCGUGUUAGUUUGAGUAUCUGAAACCUACACGUUUCGCGAAUCGGACACACUCAGACUGAUUAUGUGUGUCACUUGGUCUGAAAUCUGUGCACGGCACUCCAUAUUGGAUGGCACCAGAAGUGAUCAAUGAAUCUGGCUAUGGGAGGAAAUCAGAUAUCUGGAGCAUUGGCUGCACUGUUUUUGAGAUGGCCACUGGAAAGCCACCAUUGGCUGCCAUGGAUAAACUAGCAGCCAUGUUUUACAUAGCUGCUCACAAAGGACUUAUGCCUUCACUACCCAAACAGUGCUCAGACAAAGCAGUUGAUUUUGUACAUCUGUGCUUAACAAGGGACCAACAUGAGCGGCCAACUGCCUUAGAAUUGUUGCAGCACCCUUUCAUAAGAAACUCAUGACACCUGGCAAUGCUUCUAUCAAACAAAUAUAAACUAUUUCAUCUGUGUGGGAAAAUGUCUUCUAAAUUGAGAAAGUGUUGGUA